UGAUGAUCCACUCGAACUAAAUAUGGAAGCCUGUUAAGCUAAAGAUUCUUCCUUUCAGAAGCAUCUGAACCAUUUUAGUGCGCGGCUUAAAGAAGGCCAGCGCUACCCACUUAAGUGAUACAAUGGUAGUUGUAUUGAACGGAUGUAAUGGAUGGACUGUUAGUUUCGCGAAUCAUGCCCUGAAGCUAGAUAAAGCUGCUGAUGCGAAUGCUAUUGUUUCUGCACUGGCUUCCAAUUUAAAUGCCGAGUGUUUGAAUCUCAGCGGAAAUACACUUGGGAUAGACGCAGCUAGACCUAUCGGUAUUGCUUUAGAAAAGAAUCGCUUCAUUAAGCGUUGUUUGUUUAACGAUCUAUUUACAGGUCGCCUUAAAUCUGAAAUAGCACCAGCACUAAAGUAUUUGAGUAAUGGUCUUAUGGCUUCUAAGUCUCAAAUAAUUGAAUUGGAUCUCAGUGACAACGCUUUCGGUCCAAAUGGGAUUGUUGGUAUAACUGAUUUACUGGCGAGCAAUACUUGUCACACGCUUGAGGUACUGCGAAUGAACAACCAGGGUCUUGGGCAUGAAGGAUGUCGAUAUCUUGCAGAGGCCUUAGAAAAAGGACGAUGUUUGUCAAAGAAUCAAGGACUACUACUAAAAAUAUUUUCUGGAGGAAGAAAUCGUUUAGAAAAUGUCGGAGCUCAAAUGCUUUCCAAGGUUUUCUGUGAUAUGGGGUCCUUAGAAGAGCUUUCUCUGUAUCAAAAUGGAAUUGGAAUUCAUGGGGUAGACGGUAUUUUGUCAUUGGUGAAAAUAAUCAAAUCUAAUCCAAAUUUACGAGUGUUAAAUUUGUCGGACAAUUCACUUACUCCACGUGGUGCCGAAGCAAUUGCACGUGCCCUACCUUCAGUAGUCAAUCUAGAGGAACUUUAUUUGAGCGAUUGUAUACUCCGAUCAACUGGUGUAAAGGCACUUGCUUCCGCUUUUGAAGAUCCUGACAUCACUCCCAAUUUAAGAGUUUUGAAUCUAACUGGAAACGAAAUCAAACUGUCUGCUGGGAUUAAUUUAAUUCUAUCCUUGGGCAAUAAAUCCCAUUUAGAAUUACUAGACUUGAAUGCUAAUGAAUUCGGUCGCUCUGGUGUUCGAUCAAUAAUUCAAACGCUUGAUUCAGUCGGACUUUUGCACACAUUACCCAAUCCAAACGACAAAGAAGAUUCAUCAAAUAAAUCAGUUACAGAGGAAUCCUAUUUAUGGGCAUUUGACGAAGAUCAAGGUUCAGAUCAAGAGGACGAAGAUGAUGAAACCAACGAAGGAGAGGGGGAAGAGGAUGAUAAUGAAAAUGCAGAAGAUGAUGAUUCUAGAAGAAGUCAAUAUGGAGAUGAUGAUGAUGAACGAGAAAAUCAUACUGAUAUAACUUCAGACCAAAAGGAGAGUUCAGGCGUUAAUUUCAGUUUUCGUGAGGCAUUUUCAAAAAUUGGAACUAUUGGUGGUGGUUGUUUAACCCCACAAAAUGAAAAUAUCCAAAUAAAUAAACCUGGACCUUUUGGUAAACAAUCACUUGGUUUAUUUUCUGGAAUUUCACCUCAAAACACUGAUACAACAGAUGCCGGUGUGAUUCGUUCAAAACUAUGGCCUUCUUCAGGUUUAGGCAAUUUAUUCAAUUUUGGUGAUAAUGCAAACGCAAAAAGAAAUCUAUUUUCUCCACCAAUUCUAUCGAAUAAGGCUGUUGGUCAAGUUGUUGAUGAAAAGAAAUUAGAUGAGGAUAAACUUAGACAACUUUUAAACGAUGCACUUUGUAAUCCAAAACAAGAAAUGAGUAGAAAUCGUUUGAUCGACUUUCUUGGAUCUACUGAAUACUUUAAACAACCACCGAUACAUCCUGUUAUAAUGUUAUGCUCACAAACAGCUUCACCAGAGAAUAUAGUUCGUUUAAGUUUAGCAUUAUCACGUAGUGUUAUAUGUCAAACAAAUUCUGUUUCUGGUGCAAUUAUGCAAUUGGCUAUUGGUUUAUUAGCUUCAGUAUUUACAGAUGUUUAUAAAAAGAAUAGAGAUAAUCAUCGUAUUAGUUGUGCAAUCAAUUGUCUUCUUGUUUAUUUAGGUGCUAUUAAACCGGAAAAAGAUAGUGAAGAUUGGGUGGAUUGUUCAUUGACGACUACUACUAAUACUACUACUAAUAAUAAUAGUAAUAAUAAUAAUAGUGUAAAACUUAAUAUACAGCAUUAUUUACGAUUGACUAAAACAUUGAUCGAUUAUUUCGGACCACAAUUAAUACCAAGUGUAUGUAAUUGUUUAACGGUACUUUUAUCGGAACAACGUAAAAAAGAAAUGCAUUCAGAAUCAUCUUCUAGUCAUGAUAUUCACACAUUGGAUGGUAUUCAUUUACGUGAUGAUAUUAUUAAUUCAUUAGAGAAACAAAUGACUUCAAUGAAUUUGAAGUGUUCAAAAUGAAGAAGAGAAAUAUUUUUUAUUUUUUUUUAAAAAAAAGAACAACUCAGAAAAGACAAUGAAGAAUUCUUCUUUAUUCUUUGCAUUUCUAACUAGCUUUUAUAUAUAUAUAUAUAUAUAUAUAGAUUAUGUAUUGAAUUCAAUAGAGAGAUUAAGUAUUAUAGAGUUUAAUGUGAAGAGAAUAAAUGAGAUAUAAUUCCUGAUUGUGUAUUUACAUCUACGAGAAAGAAUUACAGUAUAGAACAUUGUAAAAAGAAAUAGUGUAAUACUGUACAUAAAAUUAAAGUUAAAUAACAAUUCAGUAUUUGUUGUUGUUUAUGCUUACUGUUAUUAAUAUUAUUAUUAUUUUCCUAUCAAUCAAUCAAUCAAUCAAUCUUCCCUCGAUAAACUGUCAUUGUUUCUGUAAUGAAUUUAUGUAGUCUGAAUAAAUAAUUGUGAUUGUGUU